GUGCCCUUUUAGUUUUAAUGGCUAUGUUAGCACACAGGUGUCAGUCAUUAUGCUGCUUUUAGUAUGUGAAACUAUGGGUAUCUUCCCCCCUUUUAACCUUUACAAUUAACUUUGUACUUUUAAUUCCAGAUUUACUAAACUGAGGAAAUCCUGGAACUCUGAGUACUUCUGCACAAGAGUCUCUUAAAUAACGAAGAGUACAAAAAUAGUAAAUUACAGAGUACUUUAGGAAAAAUGCCAUCUGAACAAGAACCAUCCUUUUGCAUCCAAAAUACAAGUUUGUUACAUAACAAUGAGUUAGAUAGAACAAGUGUUCCUACAUUGGAUACUUCUGUUAAGGGGUAUAUAACUCAACCUGCAAUUUCAGAUAUUCUCACCUAUGGAUUGAGAAAUGUGAAAAUAGAGCUGCCUAGGGUAAAUAUUCCAAAUGAAGUGCUAUGUACACAUGAAAUUGACAGAUACAUGAAAGUAUUUCAAUGUAAAGAAAAGCCUGCAAGAGCAUUUUCCAUGCACAUGGAUGUGAAUGGAAGCAACUUUUCUGAGACUGAUAUUCCACAUAGUAAACCAAGACUGAAUUAUGAGGAGGGAUUGAAAACAUCUGCAAAGAUACUGAAUUUUAGCUGUACCAAAUGCAGAAACAAUGUUAAGUACAGUCCAAAUGAUCUGCAGAAGCAUUUCCAGCUGUUACAUCGUGGAGAGUUGCCAUCUUACCCCUGUGAAAUGUGUAAUUUUUCAGCUAAUGACUUCCAAUCAUUUAAUCAACACCGUCGAACACAUCGUAGCACUUUAGUAAAAUGUGAAAUCUGUAAUGAUGAUAAUAGAUAUACUUUGUUGGACCUAACAAAACAUUUCACAUCUAGGCACUGUGUAAAUGGCCAUUUUCAAUGUGAAAGAUGUAGAUUUUCCACCCAUGAUGUUGGCACAUUUGUUCAGCAUAUUCAUCGGCACAAUGAAAUACAAUAUAAAUGUGAUAAAUGUCACCAUGCAAGUUUUUCAAAAGAAGAGUCUCAGAAACAUGUUGCUUCACACACCGGCACAUUUCCUUUCAGUUGUCAAUAUUGUAACUACAUGGCAUCUCGGAAAAACUAUCUUUUAAAACAUAUUAUUACAUUACACAGAGACCACCUCUAUGCAAAAGAUAAAACAGAUACAGAUAACAAUGAGAAGAUGAAGAAAACUUCAACAGGACUAAAACUUAUCUUGAAAAGGUACAAAACAGGUGCAUCGAGGAAGGCCCUGUGGAGACGUAAAAGAAUGACUACUGGCAGUUGUAGAACUGGAGAAGAGGACAGGCAAGUUCUCAAAAACAUGAAGGAAAUUCAGCCUAAAUCUGAAGAGCUAGGCCAGCCUACAAAAGAAUUACACCUCAGCGAAGACAACAAUCUUCUAAAUGAAAGGCAUAUCUACAGUGGGGCAAAAUCCUCUCCAGCAAUACCAUACAGUAGAGCAGAAGAUGGCUUGGGUUCUGGUGUGCUGAAAAAAGCUGUUCAUGGUCCUACAGUUUUGAUGGUUAAAAACAACAAAAUAUCUGUUCCUGCAAAUUACAGUGCUAAAUUUAUGGGCUUCAAGGUGGUUGAUGGAAAACAGCAUAUAGUAAUAAAACUGCUACCUACAGAUAAACAGAAUUUGCCAACAGAAAAUAAGGUUGAUGGGGUAAAAGAUGGUUCAACUGAAUUUCUGCAGCAGACAGCUGACAACUUCAAUUUUCCUUCCGCUUCUGGACCUCAUGAAAUUAAUCAGCAAAUGUCUAGAAAUAAUUCUGUUCACUCAUUGGCAUCAUCUCCAUUGUCAUUUUCUAAUCAAUAUUCAGGAAAAAUAAAGCAAGAAAGUCCAGAUUAUUUUAGUUUGAAUACAUCUCGAACAGUAGAACCUCAUAUUGUAAUGGUAGGAAACUGUACAACUCGUCUGCCAGCAAAACCAGAUUCUUCACUUCCUUGUGAUUUUGUGGCUAAGGCUGGAAACAGAGAUUCUUCGUGGAGGAAUUGUGUACCUCAGGACCAUUCUCAGGUUUUAUCCUCUGCUGGUGCACACAUGCUACAUUAUGACCCUAUGAAAAAAACCUUUCCUACAGAAUUAAAAGUACGGAAUGGUGAAGUAAACUACAGUAAAUACAAUAAUAUCUACUGCCCAUCAACUGAUUUUUCUAAUCAAGUACCACUGCCUUUCCAUAAUUAUUCCAAAAUAGAUACUUUGGAUAGCUCCAAACACCAUAUGUCCAACAGCGCCUUUUCUCUCCAGAGUAGGCCUGUAAAUGAAACCACUUAUCUGCAACAACAAACAGUGUUAAAUCUAGAAAGAAGGUCUUCAUUGCUGUCUCUUCAUGGCUUUGUAAAUACAAACAAUGUUCCAGUAUUUUCAGCUAACCAAUCCAAUUAUGCUACUGACAGACAGCAUCCUAUAGAAAAUCAUCAUGAUGACCAGCAGCAUUUGAAUACAAAGGUAAAUCAAGUGGUGGAACAUGUAGCUGAAAAAUCAAAACAAGAAAAUGCCUCUAAUUGUGUAAAUACAUCACUUAUGCCUAAAAUAACAUCUGUUUUCUCACUCCAGAGUACUCAGGCAUCCAACUAUUUGUCACCUGAAGUAAACCAGUCAUUACAAGAUGUUCUAAGAGGGCAACCUGCUACUCAGCCACUCAACUAUAUAAAAACUGGUUAUGACAACUCAUUUCCAAAUAAUAAAAUGGAUUGUAAAACAUUUGCACACUUCAGAGAUUCAGCUGCUGCAUGCAGUUUAACCAAUUCUCCUGUUAAAUUCAAGAGAGAGUUGAAUGCGAAUGGCAGUGCAACGAAUGAAGGUGUGUAUUUUAGGAAUGAAGGACGACUCCCAGUGAUGGCUCAUAGAACAGACGAAAUGCAUUCUACUUCAAGGACAACAGGUAUUGGUGCAUUGCUUAAAACUCAGACAGAUUCAAUUUUAGCACAGCAGUUGGAAAAACACAAGAUGCACUACAGUUUGAAUGUCCCUAAUGCUAUCCGUCCAAUGCUUCCAGAACAGAAGAAAUCAGUGCUACUUCAGUCAUCUCUCCCAAGGUUUUUUGUACCUUUGCGCCUUGCCCAUCAACAAGGAUUACAUGUUAUUUCAGGGAAGCCUUCUCCAAAAAACAGUUCAUCAGAUGUUCAGGCAACAAGAGCUACACCUUUACUUUUAAACAAAGGACCUGGAAUGAUCUUGACUUUUGGUAGUGGCUCAAUUGGAACAAUUGCAAAUGCCACUGAAAAUAGUUCUCAGGUUUUAGAGAAAAUUGCAUCUAAAGAGUGUGGUAAAGAAGAAAUAGCUACAUCAGGUAUGAAAUUUAAAAUAGACAGCUCUGGCAGUAUAAGAAAUUAUUCUGGUGCUAGUGGGACAGCGGUUGCUUCAUCCACUGGCAUGUCAUACAAGGAGCAACUUAACAUGACAAAUUCAGAGAGCAGAAUUUCUUCCGUGAAAAUACAGGCUGGACAUCAAGGCAGUAAUGUUGCUACCUUGGAGUCAAUAAAACAACCAGAGGUUGGACAAGAACAACCUGUUUAUGCACUUUUGCCUGAUGGUAGACAAGCAGUUUUUCUUAAAUGUAUGUCGCCAAACAAGUCCCUAGUACAGAAGCAUAAUGUUCUUCAAGGUACUGCUAAUAGUCAAAAUUGUGAACCAAAGAAAACUGGAGCAAUGCAACAAAAGCUUUUUUUGAAAAUUAAGACCUUUCCUGCUGCUGACAAUUGUCAGUCAAUUAGCAACAUUAAGUCAUCUUUACAGUUCGAUAAUAUGCAUUCCCUUAAUAGUCCUGCACUAGAUCAGAAAAAGGCAGCUUUUUCUCCUAGCAAUGCCUUACUGCUUCCAGGUACAUUGAUGCCAGCAAAUGCCUGUUUGGCAAGUGAUAAAUCAAAGGAUCCUAUUACUUCUGUAGAAUCUGUACAUUCCCUUAGGAAUUUAAAGACACGGUCACAAAAGAUUCCAUCUGAUUCAGCACAAACAGUUAGUGCUAACAAAGGGAACGCUUUUGGAACCCAGAUGUCAACCGGGCCACCAACAAACAAAUUUUCAAGAGCUAAACGUCAUUCAAAGCAAACUGGUGCUAAAGUUUCUGAUGCUACGGUUUCACAGAAGAAUAGGAAUUUGAAACGGAAAGUUAAACAUGGCCUUCAAGAACCUCCUAGAAAGAAAAUGUUGCAUCGAAAAUGUAAAGCGAAAAAUCAAAUGGAUGUGAAUGAAUUUGAAUCCUUAAUUCGCGCCCCUUGUAGACCAAGAUUGUCAAAAGACACUGCGAGGAUUCUAAAGCUACUUCCAUUUAAUUCCAAACAAUUAAUCAAAUGCCCCCGAAGAAAUCAGCCAGUUGUAGUGCUAAACCAUCCUGAUGCAGAUGUUCCAGAAGUUGUAAAUGUUAUGAAGACUAUUGCUAAAUUUAAAGGACAUGUGCUAAAGGUCUCCUUGUCAAAGAGAACUAUUGAUGCUCUUUUGGAGCCAGCAGAUUAUAACAGUUUGUACAUAAUUACUAAUGAUCUCUCUCGAAGAAAACGCAAAAUGCUCAAACCUGUAAGUCCUGUAAAAGAAAGGUUUGUUUUAAAAUUAACACUGAAGAAGACGAGCAAAAACAAUUAUCAGAUUGUGAAAACUACCUCUGAUAAUACGCUGAAAACUAAAUUUAGGUGCUGGUUUUGUGGGAGGAUAUUUGACAAUCAGGACAAUUGGGUAGGACAUGGACAGCGUCAUCUAAUGGAAGCCACUCGAGACUGGAAUUCAUUAGGGUAA